AUGAAUCGGCAACAGCGACCCAACCUUAAAAACGGUGUCGACCUCCAGCUGCAGACUGCCUUUAACGAUGGCAACUGGGCUGUUGUGAUUCGUCUUGCAGAGAAGCGGGCUCGAACGUUUAACGACCAGUACUAUGAGAUUGUCAAAAUCUGCGCUGAGAGCCAGCUGGAUGACCCCAGCUCCAAGUUCGCUGCCAUAACCGCCAUUGACAAGUACGUCAGAGAGGGAACUGUAGUCAAGGAUGUUGAUGGUCUUGACCUUCUCGAAUGGGCCGCCCAAGGACUAAAUGAGGAGGAUGAAUAUCCCGAAACACUUGGUCCUUUGAGAGCACGUCUUGUCAAAGCUGCACCCAAAGAUAAGAUUGGUGCCAGCCGCUGUUUGGAAUCAUGUCUGCUGCACUGGGAUCUUGUCAGCGCUCAACAGAUUGCAGCAACCUUGGAUAGAUCAUUUCCUCAAGAACGUACACUCAUGUUUUGGAAUAUUGUUAUCACACAUUUAUUAGCGACGAGUCCCCAAUCACCUCCUGAGAAGAAGAAGCUGUAUGGAAUGCUCUCUUUGAAACAAAUACAGCGCGCCGCGCAACUAGCUGAACAGGCUGCCACCACUGAAGGCGACGCCGCUAAACCACAGCCCCGAAGUAUCCAGACCGAAGAAGAGAUUCUACUGUUCUACGAUGUGACCGAGAAGCACGGUUCCAAAGAAGAUUUUGUGAAACUCACCUCUAGCCCCGUCUUCAGCCCGUUUGUACAGUUCCAAAAGGGCAGGAAAGAGUUAUUAUUAAGAACCAUCGCUCGACACCAGCAAGAGCAAGACUUUGAGGCAAUCUUCCAGCUAUGCAAGGAUUGCUUAUCGGUCGAUGAUGAGAGUGGCCAGCCGAGUCUUCUGGCGGCAGACUGGAAAGUCUGGCGACAUUUCAUCGACGCUGCUGCUCAAAUAAAGACAGUCAAGCCAGAUGUCGAGGAGACUGUACAAGCCCUUCUUCUGAAGUUCAUCAAAUCGCCGAAUCUGAGACCCAUCUACAAGCGCAUCAUUCUGCUGGCACGCGUUUCAGCAGCUUUCAACCUUGCAUCAAAUGACGAGGACGACCUUGUCGAGAACGAACCCUCAUCUUUCCGACUCAAAGAGCUGAUCAAGUACAUCGACGACCAAGGCACGAACACUGCCUGCUUUGAUGACAUCAAGCCAUUUGUGGAGAAACUCAACCCCUCCGCAAUGAAGCAUCUUGCUUACGACCAUGCUCCUAAACUAGCGGAGGAUAUGGAGGAUGAGGUUAAGUCGGCGAGAGUACGAAACCUUUCGUUCAAGCUGCAGUACUUUGCGGCCACCUGCCCGUCGAUGUACAGCACUAUACCUGGAGAUAAACCCCUGCGCAAGUGUAUUGUCUCUCAGACGGAUGUAGAUGCCAGCUCUCCUGGGCCUGCUUUUGCAAGCAUUUCCGAGGCGGUGCUCAAGGCUCAUCAGUCGUUGGCAGAUCUGACUUCAAAAAGCCCUUCCGUGGAUGCCGAGAUCAGACCAGAACUGGCUGUCAUUGUUGCCCUUUGCCACGUCCAGGCCGCAUUCCCUCCAUCUACCGACAUCUCUCGCAAACCUAUUUCUUACGCCCCUCUCCUUCAAGCCUUAUUACUCCUCGAAUAUCAGCUCACUUUGGCCCCGAAGCAUAGUAUAAUAUCCCUUCUACUCGUGCAGCUGCAUCUCUUGGUUGGCUCCUCACCACGAGCUCGUGAAAUUUGGGAUACCCUGGGCGUCAAGCGCACCAUCAUGGACUCUCUCGCCCCCAUCUUCUACGACCACCUUUCCACUAUAUCACCAGCUCUCAUCUCACCAUCAGACGAGACAGGUUGGGAACUCUUGGAACUGCUGAGUUCGCAUUACAACAACUCGCUGAAACUUCGAAUGCCUCGACGUUUGAUCGAUGCUUUUGAGUCGAACAGUUACAGCAGUGUGAUCGAUAUUCCUACUUACAUGGAAGACCUACGCUGGAGUUGCACACGGGUAAUGAGCUUGGUCGAGGAGACCAGGACUGACCGAAUCAUGGGAGAGAACUUUUCCGAGGUCUUUACUGACCCGCGGUUUGCUGAAGUCACUGAUGAUACGAAACUUGUUGACAACAUCGACUAUGGAUCUUUCCCUUCAUGGGAUUGCAGCUCUCGACCACCCAUCUAUUCUCGUCUGCGAGUGGGACCCGCACCAACGAAUCGUCGCGCUCAUUUGUCGCUGCUCUCUGAGGCCUUCCAUGAGCUGCUGAGCUACAAGCCCCCGGCCAUCUAUAAGGCCUCUGCAGCAGCCGCGGUUCCUGACCAGAUCUUUGUACUCGAAUCAUUGAGGCAGCUGAGUAACUCCUUUACAAAGUUCUCCAAUGGUUCCAGUGCAGACCUUACUUCUCAGGAGGCGACCUACUUUGAGGUUAUCGGUCUGCUAAGCACGCUUAUUCCUUUCACAACUGGCAUCAACAGAGCCAACCCCAUCCCCGAGGAGUUUGCUCAGAUCGUCGAUACACUCAAGAUUGCCUUGGACACAUUGAGACUUGACCUUAUUUCUCUUGAGGGCCCUUCUGAGCAAGUCAAAACUCUCAGCACAUUCCAUUCCCUUGCCAUUCUCCGCGACACUGCCGUGGCGGUAAAGAACGCUGCACAGUGGAUUAUCGCCUUUAACGACCGCGAGAAGGAGCGUGACCGUUCUGGUAAGAGCAAUCUUCCGAAAGAUGUCAUAGCACAGAUCAAGGAUGUUGUCACUGCCUCUGAGACGGCACUUAAAGAGGGCAAAGAGGCUGUUACAAAGCUGAAAGAGCAAGUCUACGGGAGAGAUUUCGAGCCAGCGGUAAGAAAAUGGAUUUUUGAGGGCGCAGAACACACUUUGGAGGUUAUCGGCGAGGGAACAACGAAAACACUUGUCAAGAGCUGGGAGACAAACAUCAAGGGGUGGACUCAGGUGAAGUGGAAUUAA